AUGGUUCUGAGAUGGCCGUCAGUGCCUUUAAGGUAAUUUCAUGCUCGCACGUUGUUCAUGAUUACUGAUCAUGCUAGCAUCGCAGCCCUUCUCAUCGACUACGUCUAUACCGGCCAAGUGGAGAUGACGCAAGCCAAUGCCAAAGGUUUGGUAAUGCUUGCACGGAUUCUUGACCUUCCUUUCCUCGAACACUGGGGAGCGGAAUUUAUGGCCAGCACGUAAAUCUCCUUCCGAUACUCCUAUUUACCUGUCCGAUAUAAAGUGUAAAUUCGGAAAAUCUGGCAGUCACGUGGGACUUUGCCAGGUCUCUGAAUAUCCGAGUACUGUCGGAAGCCUGCAUCCACCACAUGAAAAUGCACUUUGAAAGUUUCGUCUGCAGUGAUCUAUUUGUUCGGCUGCCAGCCAACACCGUGCUCGCCUUGUUGCGAAGCGAAGGCCUGGCGAUUGAAUCCGAGGAGGAGGUGUUUGAGGCUAUUUCACGUUGGGUAAGUCCAUGUGUGGACUGCGACAGAGAGAAGCUAACACUACACGCUGCGACGAUGCUGAGGCAGGUUCAAUGGCAUCGGACGACUGUUCAGUUCCGCAAACGUCUGAUGGAGUCUCAUCCAAUAUUUCAGAAUAGCCUCGAGUUUGCGUAAGUAUAUGACACCCAAAAUCAUUAUUAAAAUAUGGAAGUCAAUUUCUGGUUCUAGUUGAGCAGUGGAUUGGCGCUGAGGGUGGGAACAAGCCACCAUGUCCCUUUAACAUACUUAGUCGCCGCAUGAGGCCGCCUCAGUCAUUCUUAAUCUACGGAAUGGAGAAAAAUGAUAACAAGUGGUCGGUCUUCCUUUUUGAUUCGAGCCUGCGAAAGGCGGAAAGAAUAGGUUACGUGGGACUACGCUAUGGUGCCUCCUUCAGCGUCGUGGGGGGUAAGUUGCCGGAGAUUCUCUCAAAGUGCCACUUGAAAUACGCAUGUUUAACAAAUUUCUGCAUACACGUCGCACACCGACGCAUCAAAUUCCAAAAUUUUUCAUAAUGCUGCAACCGCUGCAUUUAAAUUUAAGGCCUCACAUCUGUCACUAGUAAAACAAUCCAUUUCCAAUUUUAAAUUUUCGGCAAAUAGACCAUUUUAGUGGAUAUAAUCCGUUCGUUUCCCUAAAUUUUCUUUGACGGCAAUUUUAUCGAUAUCAGAACGUCCCAUUUUGAAAAUAUGGGGGUGCCAAGACAUUUAUAUGAAGAACUGUACGAUUUUGAUAGUACGUAAUAAGUAAAAAAUAGGCUACCAUUUCCGGAAUUAUGACGAAUCAUAGGCCUAAGCCGAUGUCACAAUGUUCAGCGACUGCUUAUUUUUAAAAAAAUUUCACCACUUGUCCUUCUAGAAAAGCGAUUCUAAAAAUCCCCAGAAACUUUACAGCAAUUUUCGUAAAUUUACUGGUCAUUGCCUAUUUUUGGCAGAUAUGAUCAGGAAUAAGUAUAUCGUAGGACACAAAGCAACUUUAGAACAACAAUAAAUAUGGCCAGUAUUACAAGACAGUGUGAUUAUUAAAUUUCCUCAAAAAAUACAUUUGAUUAUAUCAGUCACUGUUUCUCCUGUUUCCCCAGACACUAUUUAAAAAGGUUGCCGUGUCACAUUUUGAGUCUGUUUUCCCAACUCGUCGCGGAACCUGCCGCGAACGCAUAAAGUAACAGCUAACGUCUUAACCGAACCGAACAAAAGACACCUUGUUUACCUUCAUUUUGUGCCAAUACGCGUGCAUAGCGCUCUGUCUCCCGCAGAGCUUGGCUACGGGGAUCUUCACUUGUCCUUGAAAAUUGUGUUUGUGUGUGUGUGUGUGUGUGUCAGCCUCCAAUCUCUGUUGUUGUUGUUGGUCAAAAACCUGGUUAUUUGUUGUGGGACCAGGGGGUUUGGAGUGGAAGGCCGAGGCACGGGCUCGGCCGUGCAAUUCACCUGCGCCCUCCCGCGUCUCCGGUCUUCUUGACUCUGUCUUGACACCGGGUCCAGGUGGGGGAGGAGAGGGUGUGAUCGAGGCAGCGCAAGUCUACUCGCACUAUAAACCCCGCGCAAGUCACCGUCCCUGCUAUCAGCCUGCUGUGAAGCACACGGUGGGCAUCGUCGAAACCGACGGUCUAACUCUCUUGUGUGUGUGUGCGUCUUUGUGUUCAGUCCACUCAGUCAGCCCAGUCGUGUGUGUUUGUGUUGAGUAGCGGACUGGUGGGCUGAGAGCCAAGCUGUCACGGUUCCUUCUUGAGGUGACCUCUGGCACUCUCACGCAUGUGAGGGGUGUAUGCGUAUUCGUUAGUAGUGCCUCUCAGUCGACGACUGACUGGUUACCCAGCCCUUGAAGAGUGACGAUCCAGGCUAAAUGCAGGACUGAAUGUCACCCGUCUGGGCCUCAAGAUAUGUAAGCACGUGCCAUGUUAUGGUCAGCAAAGUAUGUCCCUCUAAGCCCUGGAGUGCGCUGGCAGUUCUCUGGCACCUAAUUCCCUGCCGGUAGAUGCGCUUGCCCUUCCAGUGGGUUUUUAGGUGGUGAAAAUGGCUGCCCAAUCAUCCUCGUCUAUCUGACCCAUUUUGGUGCUGUUAUUGUUGGUUAAAAUCCCGGUCAAGUGUGUGCUGUAGACCAGGGGGUGUGGAGUGGAGCGUCUAGGUGUGGGUCCAGCCGUGCCAGCUACCUGCACCAUCUCCCACCUCCGGUCUUCGUAACUAUGUCUUGACACCUGGCCCAGGUUGAGGAGAAGGAGAGAGUGCGGUAGAUGUGUGGAAGUCCACCCUAACUACGAACUGCUUCAUCUUGCUCUGGAGCACACCGUGGACACUGUCGGGCACGAAGGUCGGACUGUCGUGUAUGGGUAUGUGUGUUGGUGUGUGAUUGUGCCCUCCAAACGGGCGACGUGUUAGAUGUGCUGGACCAACACGUGGGCCACAUCGCCUCUGGCAGGCGUUAUCUGUGCGCAAUACCAAAUGCCAACAUUUGCGGGGUGCGCUGGCGGACCCUGUUGUCGGCAUUCGUCGCACAACUAGACCACUGCCAUCACCCCAUUGUUGUGGUGGUAAAAAUCCUGGUCAUUUGUGUGUGGACCAGGGGGUGCGGAGUGGAGCGCCAAGGCGAGGAUCCGUCCGAGCCAUCCACCUGCGGCCUCCCUCGUCUCCGGUCUUCUUGACUCUGCCUUGACACCGGGCUCAGGCGGGGGAGAAGGAGAGAGUGUAGGUAGAUGCAGCGCAAGUCUACUGGCACUAUAAACCCCAGCGCAAGUCACCGUCCCUGCUCCCGCCAUCUGCUGUGGAGCACACGGUGGACAUCGUCGAAGUCGACGGUCGAACUAUUGCGUGUGCGUGAUGUACCACUUGAUGUGUCCAUAGACGCAAGUCCGAUCUCCGAACACUUCGAGAAUUUUCGGUUUUUGAAAACGGCAAAAAUGCGGAUUCUAGCCAACACAACUGCAUCCAAUAAGCGUCAGUCCACUCGAGUGGGAUAGUCUUGUUUCCGCCUCGUUAACUGGUUUCCAUGAAUACGAAUGCAGGUAGAUUUGGGCAGAAUGUUAUUACCGACAAAGACAAGGGAGCCUCUUCUCAAACGAAGAGGUUAGGAUUCGCUUUCGGCAAAUUAGGUUGAUACUUUUUCACGACAGCAAUGGAAUCAACUGCAUCGCGGGUUCCCAAUUUCAAGCAAAUCGUGGGAAGAACUGUUGUUUCUAGCAUCUACGCAUUGGUUUAUGCACAUGAAUCAGAUUGAAAAAAACAAGUUUAUACUGCCUGAGUACACUUCCAUACUAUGUUUAGUAAGUUAUCACGAGUUACGCCACUUAAGUAAUCGUCCGCCGUCUUUCUGUUUGUCUUGACAUCUGUCUUCAUCUUUAUAAAAUUCCUGAUUAUUGCUAAUUUGUAUUUGUAUUUUUUUCUUUCAUUGCACUUCGAAAGAGAGCCUUUUCGUAGUUGGCGGAUGGAAUGAGAAUCAGUAUGCCUCCAAAGAUGUCAAUGAGUUCCUGGUAAGGGAACAAAGCUGGCGCCAACGACCCUCUCUCAUAGUUCCGCGUUUUGAUCAUGCAGCCGCGGUCGUCAGCGUUCACACUGGAGACAAUGAAGGGAAAGAAAAUACCCUGAUUGGUAUUUUUGGUGGAUCCGUUAGGCGCGGGAAUACUUAUAGACGCCUCAGUUGUUGCGAAGUUUAUGACGUGAACCGCAACAGGUGGGAAUAUUUAUGAUCCACAUUUCCGAUUUUUAAAAAAAUUAUCGUUAUUCACAAUUUCCUGCUUUGCAUCUCCUUCCCGCGGCCUCAUCAGAUGGUAUAAAUUGCCCAAUCUGCGGGAGAAGAGGUGUGGCGCAGCUGCUGCCGUCCUACCCGACGACAAUCGAGUCUUCCUUUUUGGCGGUCGUGGUGACGCCGGUGUGAGUGCGUCAGUGGAGUUCUGCCACUUGCGCACAUUUUGGCCAGAAGCAUCGACCUUUGAGAUAGACAGGAACUUUUGGCUACCGGCUGCCCCCAUGAGAACUGCUCGGGCCUUUCUUGCAGCUGCGCACUUCAGAGGAAGAAUCAUUGUCGCCGGCGGAUGGGAUUACCGGGAGGAUGUUAACGUUGUAGAGAUGUUUUCACCACCGGACACCGUGUGCCCCCUCGGCCAAUGGACCGAGCUUGCUCCAAUGAAACAGCCUCGCGCGUUUUCUGCUAUUCUAACCUCUGCCGACUCAGUCUUUGUACUUGGUAAGAACAGUUAGCUCGCUUAGUGCAUGCCACAUGGCUUUAGAAAGCCAAAUAGCCGUAUGCAUUUAUGAUAUUACUGUUUGGACAAUGGCUAAGAAUAGUAUAUAAUACUGUCUGAAAAUAACCUGACACGAUGUGCGUAGUUUUUCCAGCUACAAGGGCUUUUGGUUUAAAGAUUGCCUGUUAUUAUGAGUAAAUCCGCUUCUGUUGAAUUUUCAAGGUGUUUUAAUUAUAAUUACUCACCGUUUUUAGGUGGAGGAGUGAAACCACGAAACACUGUGGAGAGUUUUACUGCGCCUGAUGAUUCAGCUUAUUUCGACAAUGACUUGACAUCUUGGAUCUGGUCGUCGGAAGAUUCGAUUGGAGCGUUUGAGGAGAUCAUUGGAGCUGUAUCCAUGCGCAUUUAA